UUGUCACGAAGACCACAACCGGAUAUUUCUCUGCAAAGCAUGAAAGUGAAUAAUCACAGAAUGGCGACACGCAGGUCUAAGCCACAACCAAAUCAGCAGCAGAAUGCUGAUAACAGUAACAACAUCAGCCAUCCUCCAGACUCUGCAAGGCCUCAAACUCCAACCAGACACCAGGAACCACAAGAAGCCUUGGAUGGUACAGAUCCGACCAUGUCUGGUUCUCCGAACGAACGUGAAAUGCCGCAAAGUCAUAUAGAUGAUGCAACAUUUACAGUCCCUAUUUCUGCUGAACAACGCAAUUUUCAUAAUGCACCUGAUGUUCAAUAUUUUGCAACAUUUCCAUACCCUUCACAGAUUCCUACAGGAGCUACCUGCUUCCCAAUGGUUCAGACACCUACUGUGAAUGCCACACAGGCAACAGGAACUUUAUUUUUCAUGUUUGCCUCCCUUCCAGUUGUCCCUCCUAUAGAUAUCUGUCAUCAAACUUCCUCCACAAGCACCCAAACAGAAGUACCAAGACAUUCAAAUCAGUUACAUCAUGACUCUGAUCCAACUCAUUUCACACACAAAGAACAGAGUUAUCUCAGAACAUCUGGACCCAUGGGGACCCACGAACCUCAGACACCUGAAAACGACCCAGUGCCACAUGCCUUCCCUCAUUCCUUUAACAGCAAAGAUGGCAUAUCUAUGAUGACAGACUUGAGCAGAAUAUCACAAGAUCGGAACUUAAGUAACUUGUCUGAGGGUCAAUUUGUGGAUAUAAGUCGUCACAAUAGACAUCUUGGUCAGCGUCAAGGAAACAUCCUCACGUCAACAUCUUCCGUCAAUCAUCCCAGCUCACCUCUUGAAUCCCCCUCCCUGAACCACCAGAGAGGUGGAUCUUCACCACAUAGCACACACAAUACUAACGUGGGUCCGACAACAUAUUCUGGCCAAUAUUUAGGAAAGAUUUCCUCAGUAAUAGACUCAAGCCGGCUUCCUCCCUCAACGUUACCUUCAGAUGUUCUUGCAAAUCAAGGUACAUCCAUUCUCCAGCAUCCAAUACAUAUCCCCUCUAGAGUAGCAUUCCAAGAUAAUACAGAACAUAGUGAUUUCAGUCCACACAACCUCCAGUCAAUUCUUCCAUCUGGGUUCGACAUUCAAAACUAUGUAGCCAGAUCUACACCCAGCACUGGGAAGAAUGUGAGAAACAUUAGUAACCCCUGCUUCUGUGAGCAUGUUCAUGAACUUUCCUCAAUAACAGAUCCCAUUAACUAUGCAAUCAACUCAAGAAGACGUUCGUUAAGUGGACUUUCAACUUGGGCCCCAGCUGCUACAAGCACACCAAUUUCUUCUGGAAAAAUUCAGACACCAGGAGAAAGGCGAACUGCAGCUCAUCACAUGAGUUUACCACCCAGAAAGUUGGUACCAUCUUUACCAUCUUUACCCUUUUUACCACCUUCAACAUAUUUACCAGUAUUGAAUAAAAGGGAUUCAGGAACAGUUCUGCCCCAAGAAAUGCCAAGCUCAAGACCUGAAAGGGUAGCCAGGGCGACCACUUCACCUUCUGAAGAGGAGUUAAGAGACAUAAUGGCAAAUGCCAUGCCCAACAGUCAAACCCCUCAGAAAACAGCUAUGCCAACUGCUACAAGCACACCAAAUUCAUCUGGCAGAAUUCUGACAUCAGGCGAAAGGCAAACUGCACAUUAUCACAUUAGUGUACCUUCCAUAAGUUUGGUACCAUCUUUACCAUCUUUACCCAUUUUACCACCUAUACCAUCUUUACCCAUUUUACCACCUAUACCAUCUUUACCAGUAUUGAAUAGAAGGGAAUCAGGAGCAGUUCUGACCCAAGAAAUGCCAUGGUCAGGACCUGAAAGGGUGGCCAGGGCGACCACUGUACCUUCUGAAGAGGAGUUAAGAGACAUAAUGGCAAAUGCCAUGGCCAACAGUCAAACCUCUCAGGAAACAGUUAUGCCAACUGCUACAAGAACACCAAAUUCAUCUGGCAGAAUUCUGACAUCUGGCGAAAGGCAAACUGCAGAUCAUCACAUUAGUGUACCUUCCAUAAGUUUGGUACCAUCUUUACCAUCUUUACCCAUUUUACCACCUAUACCAUCUUUACCAGUAUUGAAUAGAAGGGAAUCAGGAGCAGUUCUGACCCAAGAAAUGCCAUGGUCAGGACCUGAAAGGGUGGCCAGGGCGACCACUUUACCUUCUGAAGAGGAGUUAAGAGACAUAAUGGCAAAUGCCAUGGCCAACAGUCAAACCUCUGGGGAAACAGUUAUGCCCACUGCUACAAGAACACCAAAUUCAUCUGGCAGAAUUCUGACAUCAGGCGAAAGGCAAACUGCACAUUAUCACAUUAGUGUACCUUCCAUAAGUUUGGUACCAUCUUUACCAUCUUUACCCAUUUUACCACCUAUACCAUCUUUACCACCUUUACCACCUUUACCAUCUUUACCAAAACCUGAAAGGGUGGCCAGGGCGACCACUUUACCUUCUGAAGAGGAGUUAAGAGACAUAAUGGCAAAUGCCAUGGCCAACAGUCAAACCUCUCGGGAAACAGUUAUGCCAACAAGUGAAGGUAAUAACAUGACUCCGGCAACACAAUCUGGCCAACAUGCAGGGAACAUUUCGCCCAUAACACCUCCCAGGAUGAUGCCAAGUGGAUCCUCUGGGCACUCUCUUCCAGAUAUUAACUUGACUCCGGCAACCCAUUUUGGCCAAUAUUCGGGGAACAUUUCAUCCAUAACACCUCCCAGCAUGAUGACAACUGGGUCAUCUGGGCACUUCCAACUUGAUAUUAACAUGACUCCAACAUCAUAUUCUGGCCAAUAUUCGGGGAACAUUUCGUGCAUAACACCUCCCAGCAUGAUGACAAGUGGAUCAUCUGAGCAUUUCAUUUCUGGGUGCAACGUGAAUCCGACUACAGAUGUUGCAUGAAAGUGAAUAAUCACAGAAUGGCGACACGCAGGUCUAAGCCACAACCAAAUCAGCAGCAGAAUGCUGAUAACAGUAACAA